GGCGGUGACUCCGGAUUCCCCUCCACACCCUCUCCGGGUUCCUCGCUCCCUUCUCCGCCCACAUCUAUCCAGAGCGCGGCCGCGGGCUCCAGGGGGCGGCGGCGGCGGUGGGUGUGUGCGUGUGUGAAGGACGCCACCUCUUCGCUCCUGCUUUGCAGGCGGCGGCGGGCCGCGGGGCUUCUUGCUCGGGCAGCGGCGGUUACAGCGGCGACGGCUUCGAGUCCCGCCGCGAAAAUGCUCAAAGUCACGGUGGCCUCUUGCUCUGCCUCGUCCUGCUCCUCGGUUACCGCCAGUGCGGCCCCAGGGGCCGGAAGUCUUGUCCCUGAUUACUGGAUCGACGGCUCCAACAGGGAUGCAUUGAGCGAAUUCUUCGAGGUGGAGUCGGAGCUGGGACGGGGUGCUACAUCCAUUGUAUACAGAUGCAAACAGAAGGGGACCCAGAAGCCUUAUGCUCUCAAAGUAUUAAAGAAAACAGUGGACAAAAAAAUCGUAAGAACUGAGAUAGGAGUUCUUCUUCGCCUCUCACAUCCAAACAUUAUAAAACUUAAGGAGAUAUUUGAAACCCCUACAGAAAUCAGUCUGGUCCUAGAACUCGUCACAGGAGGAGAACUAUUUGACAGGAUUGUGGAAAAGGGAUAUUAUAGCGAGCGAGAUGCUGCAGAUGCUGUUAAACAAAUCCUGGAAGCAGUCGCUUACCUACAUGAAAAUGGGAUUGUCCAUCGUGAUCUUAAGCCAGAGAAUCUUCUCUAUGCAACUCCAGCCCCAGAUGCACCACUCAAAAUUGCGGAUUUUGGACUCUCUAAAAUUGUGGAACAUCAAGUGCUCAUGAAGACAGUAUGUGGAACCCCUGGGUACUGUGCUCCUGAAAUUCUCAGAGGCUGUGCCUAUGGACCUGAGGUGGACAUGUGGUCUGUAGGAAUAAUCACCUACAUCUUACUCUGUGGAUUUGAACCAUUUUAUGAUGAAAGAGGAGAUCAGUUCAUGUUCAGGAGAAUUCUGAAUUGUGAAUAUUACUUUAUCUCCCCCUGGUGGGAUGAAGUAUCUCUAAAUGCCAAGGACUUGGUCAGAAAAUUAAUUGUUUUAGAUCCUAAGAAACGGCUGAGUACCUUUCAAGCUCUCCAGCACCCGUGGGUCACGGGAAAAGCAGCCAAUUUUGUACACAUGGAUACCGCACAAAAGAAGCUCCAAGAAUUCAAUGCCCGGCGCAAGCUUAAGGCAGCAGUGAAGGCGGUGGUGGCCUCUUCCCGUUUGGGAAGUGCCAGCAGUCAUGGCAGUAUCCAGGAGAGCCACAAGGCCAGCCAAGACCCGUCUCCAGUCCAAGAUGGCAACCAGGACAUCAAAGCUAUUCCAGAUGGAGAAAAAGCUCUAGGAGAUGAGACCCAAAUGGCAUUUGAGGGGGCAAAGGCAGAGCUCAUGAAGAAGCAGGCCUUAGAGAAAGUUAAAGAUGUAGAUACAAAUGCUGCCGAGGCCACCAAGAUGGUGCCAGAAGAACAGGAUGAUGGGAUAAAGGUGGCUGAGCCAGAAACUGAAGAGGUCCUAAUUGAGGAAAAGCUGAAGACUGUGGAGGAAGCAGCAAUCCCCAAAGAAGGACCAGAAGAUGCUGACCUGGGACUUGGAGUUCAGCAGUAUGAUGUGAACCUGCCAGAGUAUUAAGUUGGUUUCCUUCAGAUCUAGGAGCCAAACCCUGGCAUUUUAUGCAUUUUGUCCUUCAGCAAGAAAGAUAAGGAAGCAUGAUAUUCACUAUAGUGAUUCUGUUUUUGAGGUGCAAAAAGUACAUGUAUAUCAAUUGGUAAUCCUACCUUCAAUGCAUGUGACUGCUUUAUGAAAAUAAUAGUGUCUUCUAUGGCAUGUAAUGGAUAACUAAUACUGAUGAGUUAAAUUUGAAAUUGCAAGUAAACACAGCAUCAUAUUUAAACAUAAAGACAUUUUCAGACACCAGUGACACACAUUUGAAGUUAAAUAAUAACUAAUUGUUUUUUCUUUAAAAACCUAGCAACCUACAUCCUCUGGGUUUCUUCACAAGGCAGUAAUUCCUUUGGACUACUGCUCACCUAAUACCAGGUACUCCCACAAGAUGUGUUUCAUGAUAUUUGCAACAUUUUACUUUUCAUCAUUAUUAUGUUCAAAGUGUUUACAAAGAGAUGAUUAUAGUCAUAUGGUACAGCAAAAAGACAUUCCACUCAUAAUGGUAAGAAAUUCAAGCAUAUUUUUAAGGACCAUGAAACCAUAUGCCCCUAAA